CGCAGCUCGGCGAUCGGCGCCGGAGAUUCGCGAGCCGAGCGCUCUGCACGGCAGCCCGCCGGCCUCGCGCCAGCCUGUCCGGACCCGCGGCUCAACCGCGGAGCCGCGCUCGAGUCAGGCUCUCGGCAGGAAACAAUGAGGGGAGACACCAGACAACUCAACAGAGAGGAGGACGCCAGCGGAAGGGAGGACUCCAUCAUCACCAAUGGGGGCUGCAGCGACCAGUCUUCCGACUCCAAGGACGCACCCUCGCCCCCCAUCCUGGAGGCUGUCAGCACCCCGGAGAUAAGAGGCCGCAGGUCAAGUUCACGACUCUCCAAGAGGGAGGUCUCCAGCCUGCUAAGUUAUACUCAGGAUUUGACCGGUGAUGGAGAUGAAGGGGAAGACGGAGACGGCCCUGACACUCCAGUGAUGCCGAAACUGUUCCGGGAAACCAGGACUCGCUCCGAAAGCCCCGCUGUCCGCACCCGAAAUAGCACCAGUGCCUCUAGCCGAGAGAGGUACAGGCCCUCCCUCCGUUCUACCCGAGGCCGGCAGGGCCGCAACCACGUGGAAGAGUCCCCCGUGGAGUUCUCGGCUACCAGGUCCCUGAGGCGGCGGACAGUAGCCUCGGCAGGCACACCGUGGCCAUCCCCCGACAGCUCCUACCUCACCAUCGACCUCACGGAUGACAGCGUGGUGCCCCAGAGCAGCAGUACCCCCUACACCCGCCUGGCCCAGGACAGCCAGCAGGAGAACUUGGACUUCUCGCAGGUGGAUGCAGAGGGCAGGGAUACAGAUGGCACCGAGUAUCAGGAUGGGAAGGAGUUUGGAAUAGGGGACCUCGUGUGGGGAAAAAUCAAGGGCUUCUCCUGGUGGCCUGCCAUGGUGGUGUCUUGGAAGGCCACCUCCAAGCGCCAGGCCAUGUCCGGGAUGCGGUGGGUCCAGUGGUUUGGCGACGGCAAGUUCUCCGAGGUCUCCGCAGAUAAGCUGGUGGCCUUGGGGCUAUUCAGCCAGCACUUUAAUCUGGCGACCUUCAAUAAGCUGGUCUCUUAUAGGAAGGCCAUGUACCACGCUCUGGAGAAAGCCAGGGUGCGGGCUGGCAAGACCUUCCCCAACAGCCCCGGAGACUCGUUGGAGGACCAGCUGAAGCCCAUGUUGGAGUGGGCCCAUGGGGGCUUCAAGCCCACUGGGAUCGAGGGCCUCAAACCCAACAACAAACAACCAGAGAGCAAGACUCGGAGGCGCGCAGCCGACGACUCCACCGCCUCCGCUGACUACUGCCCCCCACCCAAGCGCCUCAAGACGAAUUGCUAUAACAAUGGCAAAGACCGAGGAGAAGAAGACCAGAGUCGAGAGCAAAUGGCUUUGGACGUUGCCAGCAACAAGAGUAGUCUGGAAGACAGCUGUUUGUCCUGUGGUAGGAAAAACCCUGUGUCCUUCCACCCUCUCUUUGAGGGUGGGCUCUGCCAGACCUGCCGGGACCGGUUCCUCGAGCUGUUCUACAUGUACGACGAUGAUGGCUACCAGUCCUAUUGCACCGUGUGCUGUGAGGGCCGCGAGCUGCUCCUGUGCAGCAACACGAGCUGCUGCCGGUGCUUCUGUGUGGAGUGCCUGGAGGUGCUGGUGGGCGCAGGCACGGCUGCAGACGCCAAGCUGCAGGAGCCCUGGAGCUGCUACAUGUGCCUCCCUCAGCGCUGUCACGGGGUCUUGCAGCGCCGGAAGGACUGGAACGUGCGCCUGCAGUCCUUCUUCACCAGCGACACGGGUCUCGAAUAUGAAGCCCCCAAGUUAUACCCUGCGAUUCCUGCAGCCCGAAGGCGGCCCAUUCGAGUCUUGUCCCUGUUUGAUGGGAUUGCCACAGGGUACCUGGUCCUCAGAGAACUGGGCAUCAAAGUGGAGAAGUAUGUCGCCUCGGAAGUGUGUGAAGAGUCCAUUGCUGUUGGCACUGUUAAGCACGAAGGCAACAUCAAAUAUGUGAAUGACGUUAGGAACAUCACAAAGAAAAAUAUUGAGGAAUGGGGCCCCUUUGACUUGGUGAUCGGUGGAAGCCCGUGCAAUGAUCUCUCCAAUGUGAACCCUGCCAGGAAAGGCCUGUAUGAGGGCACAGGCCGGCUGUUCUUCGAGUUCUACCACCUGCUGAAUUAUUCACGCCCCAAGGAGGGUGAGGACCGGCCCUUCUUCUGGAUGUUUGAGAAUGUGGUAGCCAUGAAGGUCGGCGACAAGAGGGACAUCUCUCGGUUCCUGGAGUGUAAUCCAGUGAUGAUUGAUGCCAUCAAAGUAUCUGCUGCUCACCGGGCCCGCUACUUCUGGGGCAACCUGCCUGGGAUGAACAGGCCUGUGAUAGCAUCAAAGAAUGAUAAACUCGAGCUGCAGGACUGCUUGGAGUUCAAUAGGACAGCAAAGUUAAAGAAAGUACAGACAAUAACCACCAAGUCGAACUCGAUCAGACAGGGGAAAAACCAACUUUUCCCUGUUGUCAUGAAUGGCAAAGAAGAUGUUUUGUGGUGCACUGAGCUAGAAAGGAUCUUCGGCUUUCCCGUACACUACACGGACGUGUCCAACAUGGGCCGCGGGGCCCGCCAGAAGCUGCUCGGGAGGUCCUGGAGUGUGCCUGUCAUCCGACACCUCUUCGCCCCCCUGAAGGACUACUUUGCCUGUGAAUAGUUCCCUUGGGGUUCUGGGGUGGAGGGGGCAGAGCCAGAACCCAGGCGGUGCAUCCCAGGCUCUGCCCUCUCUCAGCUCAGCUGUGUGGGGUCACGCCACGGACCUCACCAGAGCCACCUGACACCCUCCCGGCAGGGGGAGCCCAAGGUGCCACCUUCUUGCGCACAAUUCAACCUGGCUGCUUGGAGUGGCCAAACACGGUGCUUAUUUUGUCUUCUCCUAAAACUUGGAAACUUGAAGUAGUUAGUAAAGAUGGCUCCCCCUGCCCUUCUCCCUCCACCCCUCCCCACCUCCUGGGUUUACUGCUCAGAAACGAUGGCUAAUAUACCAAAACCACACAGUGCCAACAGCUCUCCAAUACUCAGGUUAAGGCUGAAAAGUCACCCGAGACAGUUACUGCAGGACUUUUCUUUCGAACGUCUGUGACGACUUAUUUCCAGGAGUGUGCAGUGUUAGACACGUAGCAAAGGGACAUUUUAAGGGGCCAGGACACUUUCUAGGGCAGAAGAGGAAAUGAUGUCUCUGUUAUGCUUGAAUUUUACCCAGCACAUUCCCCAAGCCUCAGUAUAAAGGGCUGGGAUUCGCUGUUGGGGCCCACUGAGAGUAUUUUCCACACUAACGAUGAUUUCAGCAGGGAUGACCUUACCACAUUCAGGGCUAUUUCUUCCCAUAGACCCGAAGGCAGGGCCAGCCUUCGUGAAAUCCCUCCCAGUGACUGCAAUAGAACCCCCCUGGGAGCUCAGGCAGGGGGCGACUUGGGUCAUAAGCUGACAUAUUAUGCAGGCAGGUAUGGCGUCUUGCUAUCUCUUCUAUGUGUGGGGGGUGAAAUGGGGUGGGGGGAGCUUAGUUAACGACCCUCCCAAAUGCACCCUCCAGACUUCUGCAGGCACAGCACCUCCCUAUUAGAAGUAUGACCUUGAUCCCUCAGCCUUUCUCUAAACUCAGAAGCAGUGACAGCCAGGGCAGAAGCACAGCCCCCUCAUCUUAGAGAUAGCAGGGGGAAAAUUGCAAUAAAAGCUCAACCCUCCCUCCAGAGAUUUUAAAGUCUUAUUCCAUGAUAAAUCGUUUUUUAGGAAUAACAGGAGGUAGGACAAAAGCUGCAUUUCAGAAAUGCCAUUGUAAUGGUUUUUAACACCUUUUAGUCAUCUUACUGGUGCUAUUUUGUAGAAUAAGGAGUAACUUUGACAAGUCUUGUGAGAAUUUUUAAUACACUUUUUAAAAAACAAACAACCUGACUUCUAUUUUUGUUUUACCAUUUUCGUAAAAAGAUUUUUUUGUAAUUGUAGUCACGUAACAAGAAUGGGGAAAAAAUUGUGCCUUGUUUCAACAGUUUUGCUAUUUUUUUAGGCUGAAAGAUGCCUAGAGUUUACUUUAUGUUGAAU